AUGCCUCCGAAAAAAGAAAGUGCUGCAACGAAAGAUACAAGCAAGGAAACAGCAAAAAAUACCCCCAACGCUUAUGAAUUACAUGCGAAAGUACUUUGUCAACAUUUGGAUAAUCUUUAUUAUGAAGCUAAAAUUAUCAAUGUGGAGCAUAGCGCUGAUGGAGAACCUGUCUACACCGUUCAUUACCAAGGUUGGAAUCAGCGACAUGACGAAAAAAUUAAACAUAGCAGCACACGUAGUCGUUUCCUCGAACAUACUCCAGCUAACGUCGAGCGAGCCAAGGCAGAAAUGAAAGAUGCCCAGGCUCGAUUAGCACAGAACAAACGGCGUAAUCGAAAAUCAAAUAUUGUGGAGGAAAAACGAAGUUGUGGUGCUGAUAGUCGAGGAAGCACACCAUCAGAUAAACGUGGUGCAUCAACAAGUCGGGCCGAUAGUAUCACAUCAGACAAAGGUGCUGUUCGAAAACGUAAAUCAGGUGCACAGUUAGAAAGUGAACCUGUAGUAGAUUUUGUGAGGAAAAUUGAAAUCAGAAUAGAUAUACCAUUAGUAUUAAAAGAUAUCCUUGUUGAUGAUCACGAUAUGAUUAAUCGUCAGAUGUAUCUUUCACGGCUUCCAGCACGUCAUACAGUAUCUAGCAUUAUUCGUCAGUAUGCUGAUUAUAUAGAUACAUCUGUUGAAGCAAAACGUACUCUGACUUUUGAAUUUGGAAGCGAUGAUGCGCAGUUAAAUUCCUUAGUGGUUACUUUGAUUGAAAGUAGUUAUGGUGUGCAGGAUUAUUUCAACAAUUCUUUAGGCUCCCAGCUGUUAUAUAAAUUUGAACGGCCACAAUAUGCCGAUCUUCUUAAUCAGCAUAAAACCAAACAGGUUUAUCUAUUCUUUAACGGCUAUGAAAGUCUUCAUCUUAAGGUGAAAACAAAAGAUACGAAAAGGAAACGUACUAGUGAUGUAGACAAAAAUAGCGAUUCAUUAGCAAAUGGUAGUGAGAAAUUCAAGCCUUCUGAUUUCUAUGGUUUUAUUCAUCUUCUUCGCCUAUUUGUUCGAUUUGGAGAUAUGCUGGCAUUAACAAACUGGAGCGACCGAGCAGUCGAUUCUAUAGUAAAUCAGUUGCAAAAUUUCUUGAAAUUUCUUGAAGCUAACCGUCAUAAAUUUUUUGAUAUUGAAAGUGAUUAUGAAGUUGCACCGCCAGAAUAUCAGCGACGUGUAUGGAGUUCAUAA